GACGAUGUAGAAAACCAGAAAAAUCAAGGUAUUUACGAGAGUUAAGCAAUAAUAAUGGAAGGGAUAGAGCACCGAAUGGUUAAAGUGAAUGGCAUAAACAUUCACAUAGCUGAAAAAGGUGAAGGCCCAGUCAUCCUUUUCCUCCAUGGCUUCCCUGAGCUUUGGUAUUCAUGGCGUCACCAAAUCCUCGCUUUAUCUUCCAUGGGUUACCGAGCCGUUGCUCCCGAUUUGAGAGGCUACGGUGACUCGGAUGCUCCCGACUCAGUCGAGAGUUACACUUGUUUCCACGUAAUCGGCGAUCUAGUGGAGUUGAUAAACGUGGUGGAUCCGGAUGAAGGGAAGGUGUUUGUGGUAGGGCAUGACUGGGGAGCCAUACUAGGAUGGUAUUUGUGUAUGUUUAGGCCUGAUAAAGUGAAAGCAUUGGUGAAUUUGAGUGUGCCGUUUUUGAGGUUUCAUCCGGAAAUCAAGCCUGUUGGUUUCUGGAAAUCUUAUUAUGGCAGUGAUCAUUACAUCUCUAGAUUUCAGGAAUAUGGAGAAAUAGAAGGUGAAUUUGCAGAGAUUGGAGUGGAGAGAGUUUUGAAGGGAUAUUUGAGUGAUUUUCCAGUAUUGUUGCCGAAAGGGAAACUAUUUAAACGUCCAUUAGAUGAAGAAAAUACAUUGCCUUGUUGGUUAUCUGAGGAAGAAGCCAAUUACUAUGUCACCAAAUUCCAGAAAACUGGUUUCACUGGUCCACUCAACUUCUACAGAAACCUUAACAGAAACUGGGAACUAUUGAAACCAUGGGUGGGUAGUAAGAUCAAAACACCAGCCAAGUUCAUAAUGGGGGAUAAGGAUCUGGUUUAUGGUGUGCCUGGUAUGAAGGAUUACAUUCACAAUGGUGGGUUCCAAGAAGAUGUGCCAUCUCUGCAGCAAGUGGUGGUGAUGGAAGGUGUUGGUCAUUUCAUCAACAUGGAGAAACCAGACGAGAUCAACCAAUACAUUUAUGACUUCUUUACACAGUUUCAUUCAAUAACAAUGGAAGGGAUAGGGCACCGAAUGAUUAAAGUGAAUGGCAUAAACAUUCACGUAGCUGAAAAAGGUGAAGGUCCAGUCAUCCUUUUCCUCCAUGGCUUCCCUGAGCUUUGGUAUUCAUGGCGUCACCAAAUCCUCGCUUUAUCUUCCAUGGGUUACCGAGCCGUUGCUCCCGAUUUGAGAGGCUACGGUGACUCGGAUGCUCCCGACUCAGUGGAAAGUUACACUUGUUUCCACAUAAUCGGCGAUUUGGUGGAGCUGAUAGACGUAUUGGAUCCGGAUGUAGGCAAGGUGUUUGUUGUUGGGCAUGACUGGGGAGCUUACAUGGCUUGGUUAUUGUGUCUGUUUAGGCCUGAUAAAGUGAAAGCUUUGGUCAAUUUAAGCGUGCCGUUUAUAAGGUUUGAUCGGGAAAUUAAUCCCGUUGGUGUCUGGAAAGCUGUUUACGGCGACGAUUAUUACAUAUCUAGAUUUCAGGAAUAUGGAGAAAUAGAAGGUGAAUUUGCAGAGGUUGGAGUGGAGAGAGUUGUGAAGGAAUAUUUGUGUGAUUUUCCAGUUUUGUUGCCAAAAGGGAAACUAUUCAAACGUCCAUUAGAUGAACCGAUUACAUUGCCUUCUUGGUUGUCUGAGGAAGAAGCCAAUUACUAUGUCACUGUAUUCCAGAAAACUGGCUUCACUUGUCCAAUCAACUAUUACAGAAACCUUGGCAGGAAUUGGGAGCUGUUGGGACCAUGGGUGGGUAGUAAGAUCAAAACACUAGCUAAGUUCAUUGUAGGUGAUAAGGAUUUGGCUUAUGGAAUGACAGGGAUGAAAGAAUACAUUCACAAUGGUGGGUUCAAAGAAGAUGUGCCAUCUUUGGAGCAAGUGGUGGUAAUGAAAGGUGUCAGCCAUUUCAUUAACAUGGAAAAACCAGAAGAGAUUAGCAGCCACAUAUAUGAUUUCUUUUGCCAAUUCCAUUGAAAAAAUAAAUAAAAAUCUUGUAAAAGUACCAUGAAAGCCCUUAUACUAGGAGUUGAAUUGCAUCUUGUUCUCCCUACUAAAAAAAUGAGCAAAUUAGUCCUUAUAUGCUAGGUCAAAGAACAAAUUGGUCUUUUUGUUAAAAAUUUUAUCCACUUUUACUGUUAAAAUUGAUCCUUGUGUAACAAUUUGAUUAUUUUGUUAGCCACACCAGUUUUUAAUAGUAGAAAUGGAUAAAAAAAUUUAAUUGAAAAAUUAGUUAGCUCUUAGAUUUAAUGUGUAAGAACUAAUUUACUCAUUUUUAAUAAAUAGGGUAAUAUGCCAUCUUGCUCUUAAUAUAGGGGUAUCUAUGGUACUUUCACCAUAAAAAAUCAUGUAUUUCAAGCUUUUAGUGUAAUAAAAACUUGGCUAAAAUCCAAGUGACGAAAAGCUUAUUUUAUUAUUUA